UGCUGGCUACUGGUAACCUUGCUAUGGGUUUCCACGAUAACAAACCCAUGCCUUGGCCAGAGUGGUGACAGUGGCGACUGGGGCUCUGGCUUCGAUGUCUCCAUGACGACCCUCAGCACCAACAACAACACGUCCUCCUCCCAGGAGCCAGGAGAUUACCCUGCGGGGUCAGAAACAGAGACAAGAGCAUCCUGGGUUGAAAUACUUCCACCUACGCCAGUGUUCCACUACAACACGGAGCCAGAUGAGUGCUCCGUCCACUUCAGCACCAGUCAGGCUUCCGCCAGGCGCCUCAAGGCCCAGAGAGAAGAGUUGGCCUACCUGAAGGCUAUACAGCAUGGGAACCAGGCGGUGGUGGAGAACCUAGUCCAGUACAUAGGAGCAGAGCUGGGGGAGGAGCAGAGCUAUGAGGACGUCAUCGAGGAAAACAUAGUGGGCAUCAGGGAGGAGCAGCAGAGCUGUAACGGUGUAGUCCAGAAGGUGAUGGAGGAUCUGGAGGGACAGCUGGAAGGAGAUGUACUGGAGGCUCUGACUGGGAUACAGAAGUAA